GAAAUGUGGGCGGAGCUAAACGGAGUCUUAGGAAAAUGGCGGCGACCAUGAGCAACGUGGAAGAAAUUCGGACUCGAGUAAUACUGGGGGAAUAUGACAUAAAGAAUGUCCACACGUCAGAUUAUCCUGGAAACUACCCCGGCUACGAUGACACCUGGGACAUGCGGAAAUUUCAAAAGAACUUCAGAGUUGACCUGGUGCAUCUGAAUGAGAGCAGCAUGGAGUUCGACAUGGUGGGGAUCGACGCAGCCAUCGCCAAUGCCUUCAGAAGGAUCUUACUAGCUGAGGUGCCGACCAUGGCCAUAGAGAAGGUGUUCAUCUAUAACAACACGUCCAUCGUCCAGGAUGAAGUCCUGGCCCAGAGAUUAGGCCUGGUCCCCAUCAAAGCUGACCCCCGUCUGUUUGAGUACCGGAGCCCAGGUGACGAGUCUGCAGAGGAGGAAGGUUCAGAAAUAGACACAAUUCAACUGCAGCUGAAGAUUAAAUGCAGCAGGAACCCCAGAGCCAGCAAAGACUCCGCUGACCCUCGAGAGCUGUAUCUGAACCACAUGGUUUAUUCCAGCGACAUCAAGUGGGUCCCCAUCGGGAACCAGGCCGACGUCUUUGCCGACUCCGUCAUCGGACCGGUGCACGACGACAUCCUGAUCGCUCAGCUGCGACCGGGCCACGAGCUGGACAUCGUGAUGCACUGUGUCAAAGGACUUGGUCAGGACCAUGCUAAGUUCUCUCCAGUGGCCACAGCCAGCUACCGCCUCCUCCCAGAGAUCACCCUGCUGGAGCCGGUGGAGGGUGAGAUGGCGGAGCGCCUAAAACGCUGCUUCUCCCGAGGAGUGAUAGACAUACAAGACGUUGAUGGGAGAAAGGUGGCCAAAGUAGUGAACAGUCGCUUGGAUACAUGCAGCAGGGAGUUCCUCCGACACGACGACCUGAAGAACGUGGUGAAGCUCGGGAGACUUCGAGACCAUUUCAUCUUUACCGUGGAGUCGACUGGCAUCCUGCCUCCAGAUGUUCUGGUCACUGAGGCCAUCAAAGUCCUCAUGGUCAAGUGCCAGAGGUUUCUCAGUGAGCUGGACUCUCCUGAGCUGGAGUGAAGUAAUGACUCAGAACCACCACGCUGGAGCGCGUGUGUCGGGACGUGCUCCUCGUGGCUGUAUUGAUAAAAAGCCGACUUUGUCGUGGUCUUUCUUGUAAGUAUGUAAAUAUACGGCUCCAGUAUUUUGUGAACCCCUCUUGAUUCCUCAAAUAAACAUGCUGAAUCAAAUAAACAUGAA